ACAUUACUCGCUACUUGUCCUACUUCCCUUGUUUUUACAGCUGGUUCGUUUUUACCAUUCGAUGGCAGCACUGAUCUGACUUUGCAAAAAAAAAGAUGAUGAACAUGUAAACGUCUUCAAUGUUGAUUUUAACUUUUUGGACCUUAUUAAAAUUGAUCUCGGUACUUUAAAGUGUUCUGAACAUUCCAACAACCUUCGCCCAAUGGCUGGAAUAUUCGGAUUCACCCGAGAAGCUGUCAGGGUUAAAGUGAAGAAAUGUGAAGGCACAUUGCCACCUGAAUGGAGGAAGUUUAGUGUCGAUCCACAAAUAACAUCGUUAGAGGUUCUGUACAGUAUACUAGCUAAAGCUUUCGACCUUAAGACUGAUUUUGCUAUCAGUUACAAAACAAUUGAUCCGUCGGGCCAGGAAGUGUAUUUGGCUGUUCUAUCGGACUGGGAUUUGGAUGCAGCUUUUUUAAGAGCUCAUAACCUUUCCAUAUCUACGUCGACUGAACCAUGUCUAAACUUAAAAGUUGACAUAAAGCCUUUCUCCGAAUCAACCAUUGACUGGGAUGCAUCAAGUAAUUCUAGUUCGCAACGCGAAAUAUCCCCUCUGCAACAAUCGAUUGGUGUUGGUCAGAAAUAUGUUCAAAACAUGCAGACGCGAUUGCCAGGCCUUAUUAUGAACCAGAUGGAAAAGACAUUGUCAAUGGUGUCUCGAGCGCUAAACUUUGCAGAAGAUCAAAAUUUCCUACAGCCUCCCAGAGCGCCGUUAUCAGACACUGAAUUUCGCAGCUUUCUCGAUUCGGUUGGUCAAAUUGUGCAGCCGCACGAAUUACGGAAAGUUAUUUACUCUGGUGGAAUUGAUCCAUCUUUGCGCCGAGUCGUGUGGAAACACAUUUUGAACGUUUACCCGGAUGGUAUGACUGGCAGAGAACGAAUGGAUUACAUGAAGAAAAAGGCGGCUGAAUACGCUCGAUUGAGGGAUACAUGGCGAACAACUGUUCAGAAAGGCAAUGUGGUUGGUGAACUUGCGUACGUGACAAGCAUGGUGCGAAAAGACGUCCUGCGAACGGAUCGUUUACAUCCAUUUUACGCCGGUAGUGAUGACAAUCAAAACAUCGCUUCUUUAUUCAACAUAUUGACAACGUACGCUCUGAAUCACCCUGCAGUAAGUUACUGCCAAGGCAUGUCCGACAUUGCAUCACCCCUUCUAGUCACAAUGGGAGAUGAAUGUCAGGCCUACAUUUGCUUUUGUGCUGUUAUGACCCGGUUGAAUGCCAAUUUCAUGCUUGAUGGCGUACACAUGACUAUUAAAUUUAGUCAUCUAGCUGAGGCGCUGCAGCAUUACGAUCCGGAAUUUUACGAAUAUUUAAAGAUGCAACAGGCCGAUGAUUUGCUAUUCUGUUAUCGUUGGCUUCUACUCGAAAUGAAACGCGAAUUUGCCUUCGACGACUCACUUCAUAUGUUGGAAGUUUUGUGGAGUUCGUUGCCGAUCGAACCGCCAGUCAAGGAGCUGGCUUUAUUCGAAAAAGAGUUUACACCACCGCCGAUUGACGUUCCACCACCCAAAUCACCAUCAGUUAUAAUGAGAACACCAAGGGAAAAUGCUUACACCAAAAUUUGCGAAUUGAGACGACAAAGUUCAGCAGUGUCGCUCAUAUCGUCACCACCCAACACCAGCAAUGUUUCGCUUUCUAAAUCCUUAGACGCAACGAAACGAUUCAAUUUGAGCCUGGACGAAACGGGCAGUAAAUUGCCACCGAAAAUUGUUACGAAAUCGUUUCAAAGUCUCGAUGAAUCGAAAAUGCUGUCGCUAAUCAAUCAAAACGAAAUCACGCCGAUUUCUGCUGCUGACCAAGAAGAUAUGGAAAACAAUUUGCUAGCCAAUCUUAGUAUGGAGAUGCAACGAAAUGAAGAGAAUGUUCUGCGAUCACAGCCGACGUCACCAAAGGAACAAAAAACAUCAACAGAAGCAUCGGAUGCAAUUGAAUUGCCAUCACGGCCUAUGGGUGAUAGUAGACAUGCGGCAAACAACAACAAGCACAAACAUAUUUCUCAGAUCAAUCCAAUUUCCAAGCAAGUGAACCAUCACAGGAAAGGGCAUUUCAAGGAAUUGAAAGAUCGAAUUGCAGCUGGUAAAAAAGGAAUACUCUCAACGUUGGAAAAAUUAGACCAAAGCGACUGUGCCGACGAUAGGAAAUCAACGAAAAGCCAAAAAGUUGUUAAGAAUUUCAACGAAUUUCUGAAUUUUGCCACUAUCAACAAAAAUCGAUUAUCGGACAAACUCAACACCAACAAGCCGACACUGCAUGCACAAGACACCAACGAGAAAGCAACGCCUCAAAUUAAGUUAACACAAACAACUAUCGAAAACCGAAUCAAUCCGAAUAGUAUUGAACACGAAACUGACAAGCCAUCGCUUCAAUUACAAACGAAUAAUCGCCUUGGACAUGCAAUCACAUUGGAUGGCAGCAGUCCAGAUGAUUCGCAGGAAUAUUUUCCACCGAUGACCACGUCAGUGAUAAGGGAAUUGAGACUGGAAUUGGAAAGUUUGGAUCGACACGUUUUCGGCAAUGAUUUUACAUUGCGAAAGCAAAUCCAUCUUACCGAUUGUGAUACGCCGGAAAGUGGAGAUUCGUUGAUUGGUGCGAGUAAAUCACCAGCUAAUUACCAGGAAAUAUCGUACACCAAGCUUCAUCAAAGCUCAACCGAUGUUUGCGAUGAAGAUCGAACCACAAACGAAAUUUCGCGCUGCCCGAGUGAUAAAAGUGUGAACGGUGACGUUGUGUGUAGAGUUAAAAAUCACCGUGAAGACAGUUCCAACAAACGGAUCAGCAGCUGUAGUGCGAACGCAGACAUAUUUGUUUGGGAGAAUCCGCUUCAUCAGUGUUCGUCGUUCACAAAUGUGGCUGAAAAAUACGGCGUCGAGAAACAGACUGAAAAUUGUGAGCAAGAUAUUUGUGCAACAACACCAGAUGAACAGAUCGAUCUAGAAUUUGACGGUGAGAUUGAAACUACCGUAUCUGGUAAAAAGUCUGUGACCCCAAUACGUCUGUUGCGGAAAAAUGGUAGAGGAACAUCCACUGAACUCAAAUACAAUAGCUCGUCGAAACGAAACUCCAUUAUCUACAACAAUGACACUGACUCGGAAAAUAGUGGUAGCUGGAAUGAUCAACCGGAUAAUGAUAUAAAAACAUCGAACCUGUUGAAAGAACCGCAACAGGAUCAGUCCGCUCAGUUGACCACUUCAGUUGAAGAGGCCUCGGAGGCAAAUAUUAUCGCUUUAACCAAAGUGGCUGGAUCCCUGCCGCCGCCUAACGAAUUCGGUGGAGGAAAUCCAUUUUUGAUGUUUUUAUGCUUGACUCUGCUGUUACAGCAUCGGAACUAUGUAAUGAAGAGCAACAUGGACUACAAUGAAAUGGCCAUGCAUUUCGACAAAAUGGUCCGAAAGCAUAAUGUUACCCGAGUUUUGAAUCAGGCCCGUCGCAUGUAUGCGGAUUAUCUGAAAUCGCAGAGAAUUGUGAAUGCUGUCGGCGGCAUCCAAGGUAUUGAGACUAGUUCAUCCAAAAGUGAAUUGAGAACAUAAGACACUUUGCUGCAAAUUCCAAUUUAACAUUGUGUUCAAUAGAUUUUGUUUUCAGGUUUGAUUUAGGUUUUACCAAAAAAAAACGAUGGGAAGUUGAGAGGCAAGGUUUUGUAGUGAAACUAGUGAAAAUGUAGGAGUUGAAAAUGUAUCAUCGAGGAAUCAUAACUUCACGUAAGGUAAUCACAUUGAGUCAUUGAAAAGACAGACUGAUUUAUGUCUCUUACUUGUCCGAUUUCUUU